AUAGAAUGGAGGAGUCGGUCUUAAUUGAAUUCACCCUGGAGCAAAAUAGUUCGAAGGAGAGUAGAACAGAAUCCAGAUUUCUUGAUCAAGACUUUGUCGCGAUUAUUCAGUCGACAUCUCUCAGCUUGCCAACUACUUCAUGCCCAGACUUGGUUGAAUGGAUACGAUCUGAAGUUGAAGACGUUGAAUCCCGAGAAAAGAUUCAAGGUUUUGGAGUAUCCUGUCUCCAGCUCUUUAUCCAAGCGAACUGGACCGGAAGGAAGGAUGUCCCUGAAGAUUUGGAGCUUGUACCUUGGUUGACUCCGGAGCUAAAAUCAGUCCUGCUUGAGUAUAUGAUCGGAGAUGGAGACAGUUCGGUAGAAGUAGCUAAACUACGAGUUCUUCUAGCUUUAUCUCGACUGAUCCUAACGGAAUGCCGAUCCUGUUUCCCCGGUCUUAUCUCCGAUAUCUGGGCUGUUCGUUCCGCCCUGACUGUUCAAUCUAUACUUGAAGAAAAAUCCAACAGCUUGUUUAAUCUGCUAAAAUCAAUAUUCAACGAUCACAAUUCGUCGGAAACUGAAGGACGCUUAAAGAUAAUCUGGUAUUUGGAGGAGGCAAGAUUUCACUAUAUUUAUCACGAUAUACGAGAGUCGACCAGAUGUACGGAACUGGCCGCCGAGGCAGCCGGUAUGAAGGUUGAGGACACCGGAGCUUUGGGUAAACGAACCAAAUUCCAAGUCCGAGAUAUUUCUCAGUUCACGUUGGACCUGGAUAUCAGUGAAGAUUAUACGAAGGUUGUUGAGUCUGUAGAACCGUCUCAUCUUCCAACAGAUAUAAAGCUGGACGACGAGGUCAGACUUCACACAAUUGAGUUUAAGGACGCGGAUAGAGCUGUGCCGAAAACCUUGGAUUCUCUUCAGCAAUCUGUUCUUAUUUCUAGAUAUUUCCUCAAGAAACGUCUUUUACCAAUGGAUGAAUUAACAACAGAAGAGAUAAUGCCACAUUUAACAGUUCUACUGAGCAACCCCGUCUCCUGGUCUGUUCAUGUAACAGCAUUAUUUAACCGCUGUAAGCUUGAAAGUAGAUCUAGUCGAACUGUGGAGAGAGCACGAGCCCAACUAGAAGUUCUACUCGAAUCCUACCUAGCAGACACUCCUCAGACUGUUCGAACAAAAACCUGUUACUUGAGUAGGUUACCUCCUAAAUGGGAAAUUGAAAAAGAACUUGCUUCAGUCCUGCUUUCUAUUGGUUCCACUAAGGCUGCAUUAGAGUUGUAUUUAAGCUUGGAGAGCUGGGACGAGGUUAUAGUCUGCUACAAUAUGUUACAAAUGAGGCAUAGAUCUGCUGAAAUUAUUAAGACGAGGAUAGAGCAGCAUGAAACAGCUCGGCUCUGGUGUCAGCUUGGAGACGCUACCGACGACCUGGACUGCUACCACAAAGCUUUGGAAAUCUCUAAAAACAAAAACGCACGAGCAUUUAAAUCCCUAGGGAUGCAUUAUUACUUUAUAAAGGAAUAUGAAACCAGUAUUGAUUACUUCCAGAAAUCUCUGGUCUGCAGCAGGUUCCAGCUUGAUGUCCUGCUCCGACUAGGGUUUGCAGCACUCGAGAUAGAAAACUGGGCAGUAGCGGCUCAAGCCUACAGAGAUUACUGCUCACUAGAAUCUGACAACUUUGAAGCCUGGAAUAAUUUAUCUAAAUGUUAUAUCAUGAUGAAACAAAAGGAACGAGCGUGGCGAGUUAUGCAGGAGGCGGUUCGAUGUGAUUUUGACAACUGGAAAGUUUGGGAUAAUAUUCUCAUGAUUUCCACAGAUUUGGCAGCUUUUGAUGAAUCAUUGAGAGCAUUCAAUCGAAUCCUGGACAUCAAGCAAACUCAUACUGAUGAUUCAGUUCUCAGAAUACUUACCUCUGCCGUUGUAUCCGGGAUACAAAAUAGUUCAGGAGAAAGCUCUGAGCGGCAUCGUGGAGGUUUACAGAAACUGUUGGCUAGACUAACCGUCUGUCAACCCAGGGAACCUGGAGCCUGGUAUCAGUACGGUAUUCUCCUCACAUCCGGAGCCGGAGCUAGCGCAGAGGAUUUAGUGAAAGGUUGUCAGUAUCUACAGAAGGCUGUUGCAGCGUUUACUGGAAAGAAAGGUUGGGAUAAAGAGGUUGAAACCUGUCUCCAUGUCCUAGCCUGCUCUAGGAGACUAGUUUCAUGCAUCCUCCAGGUUGAUUCAGCUCAGCAGCUCCAGCUCGCAAACUCAGCCCGUCUUGCGCUCACCAGCGGGCUCAAGAUCAUGGAGAAGAGUCAGACUAGUAUCAAUACCGGAGAACUGGUUCCGGAGCUGGUGGAGGAGUUCAACCAAACCAAAGAAGCAGUUCAGCAUUUAUUAAAUAAGAUAGCGGAGUUAAACAAGUCCGUAUCCGAGGUUGCGGUAAAGCUUGAAGGAUUGAAUUUAACUGCAGUAUUCCUGGAACUAGAGUUCUACAAGGAGAAGAUAAAAGAUAUUGAUGAUCAUGAGUUUAGUGAUCGGUUGGGUAAUGACGGGUUCCUAGGAGUCCUGGAUCCUGGUAGUUCUAUACCUGGCUCCAGGUACCUGGGUAAACAUCUCUCAACCUUUAUAGAGGUUCUCCAGCUGGGACAGGUUGCCUACGAGGUAGAGAAUAGUUUGUUCGGUGGAGCGUCCUGUACAGCUUGUAAAGCAGGACUUAUGUUUCUUAACUAUUAUCUUCACUCCGGGGUUACCUUGGAGCAGGUUAUCCGGGAUACCAACAUGAUGUGCUCAACUUUCAGAAUGGUUUCUCCGCGUAUCUGUAGCGGUCUAGUAGAAAGCUUUGGUCCCGAGAUCUAUACUGUAGUCAGUAAUAUCUCUCAGUCUCCAGAGGAGAUGUGUGGAUUCAUGUUCGGAGAAGCUUGCAACAAUCCUUACAAUCCUAAGCACGAAUGGACCAUACUCCUCCCCCCUGUUAGUAAACCUAAUUACUCCGAACCUGAGUUGAGUACUGGAGAAACCUUCAGGGUUCUCCAUCUCUCGGAUACACACUGGGAUCCGUUCUACCAGGAAGGAUCGAAUGCGAACUGUGGAGAACCUCUGUGUUGCAGAAGUACCAGCAGUGCAGUUUCUGAUCCUGAAGAUAAAGCAGGAUAUUGGGGGGACUACAGGAAAUGUGAUACUCCUCUGAGAACAAUAGAAUCUAUGUACCGACAUAUCAGUAAGAAGCAUCCUGACAUAGAACUAAUCUAUUGGACCGGAGAUCUUCCUCCUCAUGAUAUCUGGAACCAGACAAGACAAGGGAACCUCGAGGUUCUCCGCCAAACUUCAAAACAAUUGAGACAACAUUUCCCAGACAAAGUUAUCCUCCCGGCCCUGGGGAACCAUGAAUCCGUCCCAGUAGAUUCUUUUCCUCCGCCCUUUGUACAAGGAGAACAUUCAAUAUCCUGGUUGUACUCUGCGCUGAACCAGGAGUGGACCCAGUGGAUCGGAGCUGGUCACGGGCCUACCCUGAGAUACGGAGGAUACUACUCUGUCAAUACGGGUCCUGGGCUCAGGGUUAUCUCGUUGAACAUGAACUACUGUAUGAACAAGAAUAUCUGGUUGCUCAUGAACUCAACUGAUCCUGCUCAAGAGUUAAAGUGGUUGGUUUACGAACUUCAGCUUGCAGAAUUUAAAGGAGAGAAAGUUCAUAUUAUUGGACAUAUUCCACCUGGACACAUUGACUGUGUUGAGCACACUGUCACAGCUCAGUUCUUUGGACACACCCAUGCGGACGAGUUCGAGCUCUUCUUUGACCUGGAGAACCGAACCCGUCCCAUCAACAUUGCCUACAUUGGUCCAUCCGUUACUCCGUACUACGGAUUAAAUCCGACCUACAGAAUAUACGAAGUAAACGAAGCAGACGGUCGGGUUUUGAAUCAUGAAACCUGGUUUAUGGAUCUGGAGAAAGCAAACGCUAGUCCGGAUACGGAGCCAACCUGGGAUAGACUUUACUCCGCUAGAGAGGAUUACAAGCUAGAAUCUCUAUCCCCUUCUAGUUGGCACAAUUAUAUUAAAAACAUUCAGAAGAAUGAAGAAGCAUUUCAUCAGUUCUACUUCAACUACCAUACAGGGAGUAAAGAGCGCCCAGACUGCGAUCCAAUCUGUAAAAGAAAAAUCAUCUGUAACUUGAAAACAUCCCAGUCUCAUAACAGCAAGGAAACCUGCAAGGACGAGAGAUCACUGAAUAAAAUGUUCGCCAGGCUUAUCUCAACCCGAGGACUCGCUACUAGCGCAGCAAGACGAGGAGGACAUGGAGUUCCACCUCCAGGAGACAAUCUCCCAUUCUCAAUCAAUAACAGAGGCAUCAACUUCUCAAGAAGUAAACUUAGAUAUCUUGUCCUAUUGUUAGUCUCAUGUAGAAAUAUUUCAGAUAAAAUGUCGGAUGACGAGGAUGAUUACGUGAGCUUUGGUAAACCCUUGAAAGAACUGACGGAGGGGGAGAAUAUCAGGAAGCGACCGAUAUCUGUUGAGGAGCAGAUCGCAACGGACGAGAAUGGAAAACGACGAUUUCACGGAGCUUUCACCGGAGGAUUCUCGGCCGGGUUUUUUAAUACUGUUGAUACACCGCAGGGUUGGAACCCGGCGCAUUUUAAAAGCUCUAAGGACUUGAGAACGGAUCGACGGGUUCAAAAACCUGAAGAUUUUAUGGACUCCGAUGAUUUUGGUGAGUUUGGGUUUGCUCCACAUGCACUAAAAACCACAUCCAAGUUUCAAUCAAGAAAAGAGGAAGUAAGACCUAGUACACGUGACGCGGCCCUGUUUGCUCCAGUUCUAAACCAACUGAUCCAACCAGCUAAAAGUACUAUCGGAGAAACCUUGCUACGAAAACAAGGUUGGAAACCUGGACAAGGAAUCGGACCGAAAGCUAUUAACAAAUUGAAGAAAGACAGAAAGGAGUCCUACGUGAAGACUUAUUUGGGCGAGAGCUCCGAAAGAAGAGAAGAAGAGGACCAGAACCUGGAGAAAUAUAAAGAGUUUCUCUUUGCUCCGGACGAUCUACCCGUGUACGUUGCAGCUCCUAAGGAGAAUUUCUUUGGUAUUGGAUACAGAGGUUUGGAUAGACCUGGAGCACAUCAGCAACAAUCCCGACCUUCAUCCUUCAACCUCAAGUCCGGAGUUCAUAAAAAGAAAUUUUCCAUCUCUGGAGAAGCAUUCGGAGUUGGAGCCUAUGAAGAGGAUGAUGAUGAUAUUUAUAACAGUGGGAACAUGGCAGAAUUUGAUUUUUCUAUUGAUGUUGAAGAAAAGUCCCGCUUCUCGAAGGAUUCUAGGAAACAGAUUGAGAAGAAGUCCGUGUCCAACCUAUCCGAUAUCCUGGAAGGAUUUCAGCUCAGCACCUCCCGAUCCCUUCUUAAGAAAUCAUUUCCUCCUCCAGUUAUCCCCCGGGAAUGGAAACCUAAAAACAGUGGAUACGUCCGUAUAUCAAGAUUUGAAUACACCACGGAGAAAGAACCAGUUAAAAUAUCAAAUCCAUCCCGAGAUCAGCGCAGGUCCAUGUUAUUUCCAGACCAGGCAAGGCGGGAGGAGAAGAAACCUGAUGAGGUGAAGAAGGAGAACCCGGAGAUCAAAGAAGAACCUGCAGAAGAAACCACAAUCCCUGACUUUAUCUCCAAUCCACCCAACCCAAUGCUUCACAGUGGUUUCAAACCGUUUGAGAAGAACCCUGAGAAGCAGACAAGAUACGAACAGUUCCUGGUUUGUAUUGAUAACAACAGACGAGAAGCUUUAAAGCUCUUGCAACCUAAAACUAUGACGGAAUGGGAACGGGAGAGAGAGAGGGUUGAGUUUGAACGUGCCGCUCAUUUAUAUAAACCGAUGAAAGUUAACAUGGCGUCAAGAUUUGUGUCAGCUGGUAAUGCAUUAGAUGAUACUGGAGAAUCAGGGUUGGGUUCUGAUAAGUCUGUAGAUCUAGAGAAAAGAAAAGCAGCUGAGAUGAAAAUGUUUGGAAAACUAACCAGGCAAACUGUUGAAUGGAUACCGGCCAGAAUACUAUGCGUCAGGUUUAAUGUGAAAAAUCCGUUCGGAGACAAUAAGGAACCUGAGAAUAAGAAGAAAAAGUUCGGAGCAAAUCAACUGUUUUCGUUGUUGGACAGAUCUCAGGGUGAUACGGAGAAUCAGAAAACUAAAGAUAAGGAUGAUACUGGAGUUGAAGAUGAUGAAAAUGGAACUGUACCUGUAAAAGUUGAAGCUAAGAAGGCUCCUGUAGUAUUAGUGAAGGAUGAGAAGGAUGAAAUUGUUUCAGAAAAACCAUCCAUGGACUUAUUCAAAGCAAUCUUUGCUAAUUCUGAUUCCGAAGAUGAAGAAGAAGAUGAAGAAGAAACUAAGAAGGAUGAAGAUGAAAAUACGAGUCUAAGACUAGAUAAAUCCAAUAUUAAUGACAGUAAACCUCAUCCAAGUGCCAGAGUGAACCCCAUGAACGCGGACCCGGCCAGAGGAAUAUUCGCGGGAAUUAAUUUCGAUAAGUUUGCGAAACCGCGUCGGAAAACACCUCCUCCUGUGGUUCGGGACAAAGUUAUUCUCAACCGACCUAAAUCUAUCCUGGAUCAGAGCGUGAGAACUAUCCUGGGCAUAAAGAGCAUAGAUCCAGACGACAUGGAAUAUGGACCCUCUCUCCCCCCUCCGCUCAAAACCCAGGAGAAAAUCGUAAUCUCCUCUGAUUCCGACUCAGACGAAUGGGAAGAGAAGUCUAAAAAGAAAAAGUCUAAAAAGAAACAUAAAAAAGAAAAGAAGAAGAAGAAGAAACAUCAUAAGUCCAAAAAAGAUUACUAAUUAUCUUUCCUUACCUUGCUGUGAUAUUUACGCAUUUCAGA